UGAUAAUUAGUUUAGGACUAUUUUCAAUUUUAUUUUAGUUAAAUUUAUUAUAAAAAUAUGCCAGAGGUUAUUCAAUAUGAUGAUAUUUACUUGAAUCAGGGCAAGAUUGCGGGACGACUUAGAUUAGCAUCUAGUGGACUUGGAUGGAAAGAAUCAAAUUCAGAUGAACUGUAUACAGUACCUGCAAGUGAUAUACGUAAAGCUCAAUGGUCUCGAGCAGCACGAGGUUAUGAGUUGAAAUUGACUCUUCGUAAUGGUGGAUUUGUGCAAUUAGAUGGAUUUGAUGAUGAGGAUCUUGAUACUUUACGUAAGACUAUUAAGAAAUAUUUUAAUAUUACUUUGGAGCAACGAGAACAUUCUUUAAAAGGAUGGAAUUGGGGAAAAACGGAAUUUUCUGGUUCCGAACUUUUGUUUAAUGUGUCGAAUAAACCGGCAUUUGAGAUACCUUUGUCAAAUAUAUCUAACACUAAUCUUUCUGGAAAAAACGAAGUUAGUCUUGAGUUUUUGCUACCAAGAUAUGAUAAUGAUACUGAAAAAUUGGAAAGUCAACUGGUAAAAGGAGUAGCAGUACAAGAAGAUCAACUCGUUGAGAUGAGAUUUUAUAUUCCUGGAACAACAAUUACAGGAAAUCAAGAAAAUAGUGAAAGUGUUAACAAUGCAAAUCUAUUUUAUGAAACCUUAAAGGAUAAAGCAGAUAUCGGACAGGUUUCUGGUGAAAGCAUUGUGUCUUUUUCUGAUGUUUUAUUUCUUACUCCUCGUGGUCGAUAUGAUGUAGAUAUGUAUUCAUCAUUUCUUCGAUUACGUGGUAAGACUUAUGAUUAUAAAAUAUAUUAUUCUUCCUUUGUCAAAUUAUUUCUUCUUCCAAAGCCUGAUGAUAUGCAUAUAGUUUUUGUUAUGGGGUUGGAUCUACCUCUUCGUCAAGGUCAAACAGAAUAUCCAUUUUUGGUUAUUCAAUUUAUGCGUGAAGAGGAAAUGGAGGUAGAAUUGAAUAUUGAAGAUUCUGAAUUUCAAGAAAAGUAUUCUGAAAAAUUGAAAAAGAAGUAUGAUCAACCUGCCUAUGAAGUUGUAAGUCAGAUAUUUUAUGGUUUAACUGGUAAAAAAGUUAUAACUCCUUCAACUUUCAGAAGUUAUCGUGGUCAUGCUGCUGUUAAAUGUUCUAUGAAAGCUAGUGAAGGAAAUCUUUUUUGUUUAGAUAAAAGUUUUUUGUUUAUUCCUAAGCCUUCGAUUUGGAUUCCUAUAUCUGAAAUUUCAUAUGUCACUCUUUUUCGUAUUAAUACUUCUGUUUCUGCAUCACGUACUUUUGAUCUUACUUUUUCCCUUAAAGGUGGUGCUUAUUAUCAGUUUUCUAAUAUAAAUAGGGAAGAACAAAAACUUCUUGAAGAUUUUAUGAAGUCAAAAAAUAUUAAAAUAGAAAAUGAUCUUAAUGAAGAUUCUCAGGCUAUACUUGAUGCUUUAGAUGAUGAGUUGUCUGAUGACGAUAAUAGUAGUAUACCAAUAAGAAGCAAUGAUGAUGAUGAGAGUCCGGAUGAUGAUUUUCAGAUAGAAAGUGAUAGUGAUGUUGCUGAAGAAUAUGAUGAAAAUGCUGAGUCCAGCAAAGAGUCUGACAAUGAAAAUGAUAAUGGACCGAAACUGAAAAAAAUGAAAUCGAAAUAG